AUGCACCCCAUAGCUCUGACGUGGAACGAGGCGCUCUCUGGCAUCGGAGGCUCCAUUUCGUUGGCGGCAUGGCUCUUCCUGCUCGUACCUCAACUGUAUGAAAACUACCAGCAGGGCCAUGCCGAUGGCAUCUCCCUCACAUUCCUCUUCAUCUGGGCGAUUGGAGAUGUGACGAACCUGGCGGGAGCUCUGUGGGCCGGUCUCGUGCCCACGGUCAUCGCCCUGGCCAUUUACUUCUGCAUUCUCGACACAAUCCUGAUCGCCCAGUGUCUGUACUACCGCAGCGUCAAGAACGGCAAACUGUCUCCAUCCGCCCAGACGGAGCCCUCUUCCGCCGUCGCCCCGAACGAGCGUGCCCCGCUCCUCUCCAACGAGGCGCCCAAAUCCCCAACGCAGGACCGCCAUCGCCGCCUCACCGAUGUCACCGACGAGAACAUGGGCCUUCCCGGCUCUCGCCGCCGUAGCUCCGCCCUCCAUCGCACUUCCACCAACGACUUGUCCUCGCACGUGCCCGUCGUCGCCCAGCCCACACCCCGCGCCGGCGCGUUGCGAAACACCGUCUCCAUAAUCAUGAUCAUGAUCGCAGGUGCCGCCGGUUGGGCGGUGGCGUGGAAGUCGGGCGCGUGGCGCCCGACUGCGGUCAGCGGAGAGGGCGGCAGUGGGGAAGCGACCCCAAUCGGUGCUGAAGUGCUCGGAUAUGCUUCUGCGGUCUGCUAUCUCGGCGCCCGCAUUCCACAAAUCAUCAAGAAUCAGAAGGAGCGGAGCUGUGAUGGCUUGAGCUUGCUCUUCUUCUUGCUGAGUUUGUUGGGAAAUGCGAGUUACGGGGCCGGGAUUCUGUUCCACUCUCUGGAGAAAAGCUACAUCCUGACCAACUUGCCGUGGUUGAUCGGGAGUCUGGGAACCAUGGUCGAAGAUGCCAUCAUCUUUGUGCAGUUCCACGCUUUCGGGGAGAAGGUACCGGAAGGUGAGCCAGCUGUUGUUUGA